AGCUCUUUGUCCUGUACGGAAGAUGAUUUUAAAUAAAGUUUAUUUAAAGAGUCGCGUUUUGAUGACAUCAGCGCUGUUGGGUUUUUGCCAUUCGGUGGCGUGAAUUCGCCGGUAUCGUUUGAUCAGAUUAACGUGACGCAUGCACGUCAGAAGACAGAGCUCGUGAAGCAGCAUCGUGUUCGGUUCGGGUCCAGACGCACAGGUCGGUCUAUGCAGCGGACCUCUGCGGCCUUCGCCUGCUGUGGCGUACACAGGCUCCGCCCCUGAACGUCUCACCCCCUGUGGAGUGCGGUCACCAGGGCGGCCAUGUUGGCGAUGCGGGGGAUGUGCGUUAGAGUCCUGCUGCACUAUCAGAGGACGAGUGGACGUUCAGUGGGCGUGGCUUCCCUGCGGACCAGCCCCUCUCAGCUGUGUCAGAGCCGGUCCCAGUCUCAGGGUUCUGACCCGCUGAACUCUGGUGUCACAGUGAAGCUGCGGACCCGGCUGCUGGUGUCGCUGCUGUUUGGCGGCGGGCUGCUUGGGGCGUGGGCGUACGUGUACUGGGAGAAGCAGCAGCGGCGGUGGCAGCAGCGGACCGAGCAGCUCCGGAAGGUGGCUCUGGGCCAGGGCACCUUCAGCCUGGUCGACCACACGGGCCGGCGGCGGACCAAGCAGGACUUCCUGGGCAGCUGGGUGCUGCUGUAUUUUGGGUUCACGCACUGCCCAGACAUCUGCCCCGACGAGCUGGACAAGCUGAGCGCUGCGGUGGCAGUUCUGGACCAGGACGCCUCGCUGCCCCCUGUCCAGCCCCUCUUCAUCACCGUGGACCCGGAGAGGGACGGCGUGCCGGCCUUGGCCCGCUACGUCAAGGACUUUCACCCGCGGCUGAUCGGCUUGACCGGUACCCCGGAGGAGGUGAAGCACGCGGGGCGGGACUACCGGGUGUACGCCAGCCCCGGGCCCAAAGACCAGGACGGAGACUACAUCGUGGACCACAGCAUCCUGAUCUACCUGCUGAGCCCCGAUGGACUCUUCCUGGACUACUACAACCGCAUGAAGAGCAGCGAGCAGAUCGCCGACAGCGUCAGGAACCACAUGAGGAGCUACCAGAGGCUCUGAGCGGCCACGCCGGACCCCAAGCUGCUGGGGGAGGAGUCGGAUCAUGUGGGCGGGAUAAGAGCUGUCAUAAAUAAAGAGUUUUCGGAA